AAAUACCAAUCAAAUUGGCGCCUCCGUUAACAACUUCACUCAAUUUCUACCCAUCCUUUUUCAACAUGGCUCUACCUGGAGACAGAUCCGAAAUCGCCUUCUUCGACGUCGAAACCACCGUCCCCACCCGACCUGGCCAGGGCUUCUCCAUUCUCGAAUUCGGAGCCAUCCUCGUAUGUCCCAAGAAACUCGACGAGCUCCAUAGCUACUCCACUCUCGUCCGACCCGCCGACCCCUCGCUCAUUUCUUCUCUCUCCGUCCGCUGUAACGGCAUCACUCCCGACGCCGUCGUCUCCGCCCCUACCUUCGCAGAAAUCGCCGAUACCGUCUUCGACAUCCUUCACGGGAGAAUAUGGGCGGGUCAUAACAUAGUGAGGUUUGAUUGUGCGAGAAUAAGAGAGGCGUUUGCGGAGGUCGGCCGGGCCCCUCCCGAGCCAAAGGGAACGAUUGACUCCUUGGCAUUGUUGACGCAGAGGUUUGGUAGGAGAGCUGGUGACAUGAAGAUGGCCACUCUAGCCACUUACUUUGGGCUUGGGCAGCAGACACAUAGGAGCUUAGAUGAUGUUCGGAUGAAUCUUGAAGUUCUCAAGCAUUGCGCAACAGUCUUGUUCUUGGAGUCAAGCCUCCCAGACAUAUUCACUGUCAACAGCUGGGUUUCCCCAAAUGCUACUACAAGAAGUCGUAGUAAUGGUAAACCAUCACCAGUGGUGACAAGCCUAAACCUUAGUACUUCCUCUUCAAGACCUAAGUCUGAAGAUGCUCCAAAUUUGUCUUCCCCUGUUCAAGGAACAGGGGAAGACCAUCCUAUAUUAUCUUUGGUGACUCACAGAAGAGGGGAGGAGGUCUCUGAUUCAGCUGUAGCUAAUCCAGAGCGAACAGAUUCUUUUGAUAUGGGCCAACUUAGCAAUCAGAUGGAAACUGAAUCCCUUCAGCCAGAUGUCACCAUGGAAGAAAAGACGGAAUUGAUGUCUCCCAAGACGAAUUCAGCAGCUGCUGUCUCUGAGAGUUCAAGUGGCCAUGAUGCAUUUAUAGAGCCUGAUAAAGUUUCAACUUCUAACAUCAGUGCCUGUCUUGUCCCACUGUUUCAUGGUAGUCAAGUUCAGAGAAUUAAAAUAUUGCACAGAGAUGUCAUUUUGCAGCUUCAUUGUGCUCGUUUGAGUAUACGAUUUGGAAUAAAUACGAAGUUUGUUGAUCAUGCUGGUCGGCCACGGUUGAAUUUUGUGGUUGACUUAUCUCCACGUUUAUGUGAGGUUCUUGAAGCAUGUGAUAGUGCUGCACAUAAAUUAAGCAUGGAUUCUGGUAGUGGCUCUGAGUGGAGAACUGUUGUGACCAGAAGAAAGGGCUUCUACAGCUAUCCUACAGCAAGAUUACACAUACCUACUACCGUAAGUGGCAAUGUUGCCCAAUAUGGCACACAGAUUUGCCAGAAAGAACCAUCUGGGACCGUACAAAAGCUUGUGUUUGUGAAAUUUGAUGCUGCAGAACUUGAUACGUUGUUCAAACCAGGUACCUUUGUGGAUACAUUCUUCUCCUUAGAUCCUUAUGACUAUCAGCAGAGUGCAGGCAUCCGAUUAGUGGCGAAAAAGUUGAUUAUUCAUUCUGAGUGAUGGAAGAAAAUGGUUCUUGAAGAUCACCAACUGUCUAACCUUUCAACUAGGUAGACUGACAUGUAUAUAGAAAAUUGCUUUUCACUGAUAGGUUGAUUAUAUUGCUGAUUGUAUUGAACUUCAACAUUCAUCUGUACAUGUAAUUUAUACCAAAACCAGAAUAAGUUGAAAUAAGUCAAAA